AUGAAAGAAGAGAAUAUAUUGUAUUGUGUAGAUAAUAAUGUUAAGAGCCUACAGAGAAAUUAUGAAAUAUGUUUAGAAAAGAAUAUACAAGAAUUAAUAAUAUAUUAUGGAAUAAAAUUAUUGAAAAAAUAUGGAAAGAAGAAUUCCAUAUAUAAGUGGAAUUUAUAUGAAGAGAUAUUAAAAGCAUGUAUUGAAUUAAAGUUAUAUGAAUAUGUUGAUAUAUAUUUUAAAAAAUUGAAUGAUAGAUUUGGACAUUUAAAUGGGAAGAAAAUUGAAAUUUUAAAAGGUAUGGUAUAUGAAUUAAAGGAUAAAAAUGAUGAAGCAUUAUGUAUAUAUAAAAAUUAUUUAUAUAAUGACCCUUCUGAUUUAUUAAUAAGAGCAAAAAUUGUUAAAUUAAAAAAAAAAGUAGAAAGAAAUAUUAAUAAUGUUAUACAAAUAUUGAAUGAUCAUUUAAAAGAAUUUCCAGUAGAUGUUGAAGCAUGGCAUGAGCUUGGAGAAAUAUAUUUAAAGAAUUGUUAUUAUACAUAUGCAUUAUAUUGUUUUGAAGAAAUAUUAAUACACGCACCCACAAAUUUGUAUUAUAUACUUUCAUGCGCUGAAUUACAUUAUACUAUAUCUCAGUAUGAAUUAAGUAGUAAAUAUUUUUGUUUAUCUAUAAAAUUACAGAAAAAUAAUUUAAGAGCCUUAUGGGGUAUUGUACUCGUUAAUUUAUCGCGAUAUGGAAAUAAAAAGGGAAAAAAUUUAAAUGAUAAUGUAGAUGUUAUUCUAACAAAAAAAUGUGUAGAUAGGUUAUAUAAUCUAUAUGAUAAAAAUACCAACUUUCUUUAUAGGAACCUUAUACUUCAAUAUUUGAAAGAAAUAGGAGAAUCAUUCGUAUAA